UGAAUGACAAUCAGACACAGCGGUCACCUGAAGUAACGCUAGGCUUCUUUGGCUAACCUCUACAUUAGAUAAACAUGCUGCCUAACACCAUUUAGUACCAGAAGGAAAAAAAAACAAGUAAUAGAACGUUCAACUUCACGACCAUCCUCGGGGUCAGCUCAACUUACUGUCUCAAACGGAGCCCAAAACCUUCCCGGUUUUCACUUUCCUUUACUUUGUGGGGAUUAAUCCUCUCAUCCGGACACAGUGAACUUGGCUUUUAAAAUGCGCGAGCCUCCGGAUAAGAAAGGGGGGGUCUACAAAGUUUCAAUUUUGGCGAGAACCCACUCCGCUGAUUUGGCAGAAAAACGGACACAUGCCAGACAGACAACAGAGGAACAAAAUGUGAUGGGGGGGGGCCGCUGUUUCCCCUGUGUGCGUCGCUUGAAACUGUCCGAGUGGAAACAACGCUACUAGCUACGUUAGUACGGUAACGUCACACAGGACUAGAAGCUAGAAGUGCGCUUUUACUGGAGUUGUUCAGUUGUUUAACUACCCUGCUUGUUCAUUUCUUUCUAUAUAGAGAUUACAUACACCUGUAGUAUUAAUGUUAUACGUUUGACAAGACUUAAAGCGACCAUACCGUUGAAUGUGGAGACAGAAAGUUGUUUGUAAAACAGUGAUUUCCUAUGCAUUAACAGUAGUGGAGAUCCUAGACUGGAUAUCGCCUCUCUAGUUUGCCUUUCUCGUUAUGUCUAUGUUGGAGCGGGCUGAGUGUCAGCUUGCAGAGAUAGAGCUGCUGACCAGCAUGUUUCCCACCCAGGAGGAGCUGGAGAUCACAGACCAGCUGGCACUGGCGGAGCUCAGGGACUACGUGGAGGGCUCAGCCUCAACAGACAGCCCCCCUCCUCCUUCAACACCUCAGUUUUUCAUCAAACAGAAGCUGGACACUGCAAGCACGGAGAAGAUGGAUGUCAUUCUGUCAUGUGCUUAUCCAUCCGAAUAUCCCAGUGUGUUACCAGAGAUAACAGUCCGGUGUGCCGGUCUCAGCAGGGCCCAGCAGACGCAGAUCCACACAGAUCUCAAUGCAUACCUCAUGGAAAACUGCCAGGGGGAAGUGUGUGUGCUCUCAGCUGUGGACUGGGUGAAAGACAACCUGCAGCUCUUCAUUAAUAAUAGCUUAUCAGCAGCACCGGCUCCUAAGAAAGAGUCUUCCUCUCCACGGCCACAGGAAGUGUUCAGCCGACUGUGGAUUUACAGUCAUCACAUCUACAACAAGACGAAGAGGAAGAACAUCUUGGAGUGGUCCAAGGAGCUGGGCCUGUCAGGAUUUAGCAUGCCCGGGAAGCCUGGUAUUGUGUGUGUGGAAGGUCCUCAUUCUGCCUGCGAGGAGUUCUGGUCCAGAGUGAAGGUUCUGACAUGGAAGAAGAUCAUGAUUCGACAUAGAGAGGAUAUUCCCCUUGAUCGUCAGCUAGAGGACAGCAGGGCUGUUGAAAGUAUUGACUCACUGCGCAAAUUCACAGGCUUUGAAGAGGCAAUGUUUGACCCCCAUGGGAACAGAGGUAAUCACAUGGACCUUGGGCAGCUCUACCAGUUCUUAAAUGAGAAAGGCUGUUGUGACGUCUUUCAGAUGUAUUUUGGCAUUGAAGGGAGGUAGUGGUCAUACCAAGAGAAUAAAUAAAGGUAUUUGACAGGU